AUGCCUAGUUUGAAUCAUGCAUUAUCUAAUUGUCCACAAUUAUUAGUUAAUUUGUCAUUACAAUUGCUAUCGCAAAUGCUAUUACAAUCGUCAUUACAACCACUUCCACAAUCACUUCCGCAAGCACCCUUACAAGUAACUUCACAAAUACCUUUACAAAUAAAUGAUUUUUCAUCACAACCAUUAAAUAAUUUUUUUUUAAAUUCAUCGAAUGUUCUCUUACAAAUGUUGCCAAAUGUUCGCUUACAAAUAUCAUCAAAUAUUCUCUUACAAAUGCCACCAAAUAUUCUCUUACAAAUGCUGCCAAAUAUUUUCUUACAAAUAUCACCUUUAUAUACACUAUCUUCUCAAUUAUUGCCUAAUAUAUCUUCACAACCUUAUUUCAUGCCACUUUCGAUUUUUUCUAAUCUACAACCUUUAUAUGCUUCAACAAAUAAUUUGAUGUCAUGA